GGGUGGGUGGGUAUCAUCUCUCUGGGGACUUCUUUUCCGUUUUCGGGUUCUUUUUUUGUUCUAACACUACCUGCAACAAAAUAUAAAAAAAAAAAAAAAGAAAAGAAAAAGCCUAACAGUAUCGUAGUACAUUAAAUUAAACAGAGAAGUAAUAAUUUAUUCCCAAUUCACCCUCAAAGCAACAAUUUAUUUCCAAUUCUUGUCCUCACCACAUUUCACAAUGGCUCCAUCCAGCUCAGCUUCAUCGCCGUCGCCGGCUCAAUUAUCGAGGCCGGUAGCUCACCGGAAGCUCAGCUGCUGCCGCCGUCCACGGCCGGUGUCGCCGCCGCAGAAGAAAUUCAGGUCUAUGAUUGAGAUCAUGAAAGUAGCGAAGCGCGUCGACUUGCCGCCGGACAGCGACGGCGAGAGCGGCGGCGAUGACGGCGGCGAUGACGUCAGCGGCGGGGAGGAUUAUGGUGUGGUUGUGUGUGAGCAAUGUGGGUCAGGUGAAAGGGCGGAGGAGUUGUUACUGUGUGAUGAAUGUAACAAAGGGUUUCAUAUGUUGUGUUUAAGGCCUAUUGUAGUUCGUGUACCUAUUGGAACCUGGCAUUGUCCUCAUUGCUCUGCUGAUCAACAUCGUACUAUCAAAAGUUUUUCGCAAAAGAAGAUUGUUGAUUUCUUUCGGAUUCAGAAAGAGAGUCAAAUGGUGGUAAAAUGUACAUCUGCACAAGUAGAUAUCAGAAAACGUCGGAAGCGACCACUAGUUUUCCACAAGAGACGCAGAAGGCUAUUGCCAUUUACUCCAACAGAAGAUCCUCACCGGAGGCUAGUUCAAAUGGCAUCUCUUGCUUCUGCACUGACAGCUCUCAAUAUGGAAUUCAGUGAUGAGCUAACUUACAUGCCUGGCAUGGCUCCUAAAUCUGCUAACAGGGCCAAGUUUGAAAGCGGUGGAAUGCAGGUUCUCACAAAAGAAGAUACUGAAACUCUGGAGCAGUGUAGAGCUAUGUAUAAAAGAGGGGAAUGCCCUCCUCUCAUGGUAGUUUUUGAUUCUCGUGAAGGCUAUACUGUAGAAGCUGAUGGGCCUAUAAAGGACUUGACAAUAAUAGCAGAAUACACAGGCGAUGUUGAUUAUAUCAGGAAUCGGCAGGAGGAUGAUUGUGAUAGCAUGAUGACCCUUCUUUUAGCCAGAGAUCCAUUAAGAAGUCUUGUUAUCUGCCCUGAUAAGCGUGGAAACAUUUCUCGGUUUAUUAAUGGCAUAAAUAACCAUUCACCGGAGGGUAAGAAGAAGCAGAACCUGAAAUGUGUGAGAUACAGUGUAAAUGGUGCAUGUCGCGUUCUUUUGGUUGCGCUUCGUGAUAUAGCUAAGGGAGAGCGGCUGUACUAUGAUUAUAAUGGAUAUGAGCAUGAAUAUCCAACACAUCAUUUUGUUUAAAAUUUGUCUUAUGUAGCUUUUCCUAGUGAACCUAGGAUCAGGAGAUCUUUCUUCUUCAUAACAACACAACUAGUUCAGGUUAAAGCCUUUUUUCCCUUCUUUAAUUUAUCAAAGUGUCGAGCUGUAUGGUGGCCAUUUAUAUGGAGAUAGAUACACCACAGCAGAGAAAAUUCUCGGUCAAAGUCCGAAAAGUUUUGGAGAUUUAAGUUUCUAGGUAACAUUGUCAUUUUCAUUUAUACAUUGACAUAUGUAGGCCUUAAUCCAUCCUAUGUAAUUGCUUCGAGCAAAAAAAUUGCAUCAGUUUUAUAGAGUCUAAGAGGUGACUAUUAUAGAAUGCUUCUUUUAUUGUCCAUUCUUGACCAUUUUUGGUUAAUGUAAAGCCAUCUUUGGCUGGUUACCUUUUGAAUGCUGCUGAUUCUACAGGCAAAGAUAUUAUUUUGAUUGACAAGUUAUACAGGA